AUGGAUAUUGGAAGUAAUUCUAGUAGUGAUGGAACUGAGAAUCCUACCCCGAAUUCCAACAAUCCUACUCCCAAUUCCAACAAUCCCACCCUUGCUAGCCAUAAUGACUCCACAUCUGGAACCCCAUCAGUUCGCGGGAAAAAAGAUCCUGCAUGGGCACAUGUUGCUUUAAGAAAAGAGGGCAACAAAAAUGUGUAUACAUGUCUUUAUUGUGCAUUGAGUUAUAAAGGAGGUGGAAUAAAUAGAUUGAAGCAUCAUCUUGCUGGUAUAAGUGGAAAUGUAGUUUCCUGUAGUAAAGUUCCUUUUGAUGUUCGUUAUCAGAUGCAAGAAUCAUUAAAAAGUGGGAAAAAGAGAAAGCUUGUCGAUGUACAAGCAGACAUGGAGGAACAUGUGUCUAAUGCUAAUGAACCCAAUGCACCUGCUCCAUCUAAGUCAAUCCCUGAGAGUAGUGCUAGUAAAAAAAAACCUCCUACUAUGCUAGUUGAAAAUUAUUUUGCCUCUAGGACAACUCCAGGUUCCCAACCAGGCAUUAAGAGUGCAUUUGCAACUAAAGAAGCACAACACAGUGCAAAAAUGGCCAUUGCUGAAUGGGCGAUCAUUAAUUGUAUUCCAUUUAAUGCAUUAGAUUGCCCAUUCUUUCAAAAAGCUAUGGAUGCUAUUGCUUUAAUUGGGCCGGGGUUUAAGGGUCCUACUGCUUAUGAAUUUAGAGUUAACUUGUUGAAUGAUUGGAAAAAAGAAUGUCAGCUACUUAUUGAGAGUCAUCGAUCUAAAUGGAAAACUUAUGGAUGUACACUCAUGGCUGAUGGUUGGACAGAUGUGAGGCAACGAACUUUGAUAAAUUUUCUUGUCUAUUCUACACAUGGCAUAGUAUUUGUAAAAUCUGUUGAUACUUCUGAUUUAGUGAAAGAUGCCAAGACUUUAUUCUCAUUGUUUUCUGAAGUGAUUGAGUGGGUUGGUCCCAAAAAUAUUGUACAUGUGGUGACUGAUAAUGCUGCUAAUUAUGUAGCAUGUGGCAAGUUGAUUAAAGAGAAAUAUAAAAGUAUUUAUUGGUCACCUUGUGCUGCUCAUUGCUUGAAUCUUACUUUGAAAGACAUUGCAAGUAUGUCUCAUGUGUCACAACUUGCAACAAAGGCAUCAAAGAUCACUGUGUUUGUUUAUAAUCAUAUGGUCUUUCUGUCAUGGCUCAGGAAAAGAAAGGGUUGGAAAGAAAUUGUGCGUCCUGGUGCGACAAGGUUUGCUACAACAUUUAUCACAUUGCAUAGCAUAUAUAUGCACAAGCAUGACUUACAAGCUUUAAUCACUGAUAAGCAUUUUGUGGAUCACAAAUUAUCAAGGACCGAAGCUGGAAUAAUUGUUAGUGCCAUCAUAUUAGAUAAUCGAUUUUGGAAUGAAUGUCUUGAAGUUGUGAAGAUUGUGUCUCCUCUUAUAAAGUUGUUGAGAAUUGUUGAUUCAGAUGAGAAGCCUUCUUUGCCUUAUGUUUAUGAAGGCAUGCAAAGGGCAAAAAAAGCAAUUAAGGCAAUCUUCACCAAUAAGAAAGACCAAUACAAGCCUUACACAGAUAUAAUCCAAGCCCGAUGGGAUAAGCACUUGAAGACCAAUCUUCAUGCAGCAGCAUAUUUGUUGAACCCUGCCUUCUUGUAUGAUGAUGACUUUGUUCAUAAAAGAAGUUAA